AUGUUUGCGCGUCGCGCGCUCCUCGCGCGUGCGUGUACGGCGGUGGCACAAGCGGCGUCGCAGUGCCAGCUUCGCACGUCCGCCUGGGUGGCCCGAGGGGAUGUACCGACGGACCACGAGCGCCUGGACAUGUCAGGAGCAGGCCCCCGGCCUGGCAAGCACAGGGCACCACCGCGCCACGAUGUCCUGGGCGAGGAGGGGAGCCCCGAUCGCGUCAUGGCGUUCAACCUGCCCUACGACGCGGACUGGUGCGAGGUCGUGGCCUGGUUCGAAAGGGCCGGGUCGGUGGUGUACGCCUGCGUGCACCGCGACCGCGAGGGCAACUCGAAGGGGCGCGCGACGGUGGAGUUCGGCACGCCCUGCGCCGCACAGCGCGCCGUCGCCCUGCUGCACGGCAAGCCGUUCAACGGGCGGCGCGUCAAGGUCUACCCGGACGAGUCCUCUCCGCAGAAGCGCCUCCGCGACGAGGACCGCGGGCUCCUGGUCCCCGGCGCGCAGGGGCGCCAGAUCGUCGUGACGGGCCUGCCCUUCGCGAUGAGCGACGACGACUUCGUGGCGCACGUGCAGGCGGCGGUGGGGGCGGGGGCGGUGGUGGCCGCGCGGGUGGCGCGGCGGCAGGACGGGCUCUCGGCGGGGUUCGGGAAGGCGGUGCUCGCGACCGAGGCGGAGGCGGAGCGCGCGUGCGGGAAGCUGGACGGCCGGGAGGUCGGGGGCCGCCGCACCAACGCGCUGGUCGACACGCACGGGGGCGCGGGCGGGCCGCGGAGGCGCGAACCGGGGCAGAGGGAGGCGCAGUGGCGCGACAGCGCGUUCUGGUGA